CCCACACUUGCGCACAACACCACGAAUGGAGAGAACAUCAUAACACGACGCUCGCGACAAUGACUCAGGAACAUUUGAGCAAUAACGAGUUCUUCACGCAGCUCGCCAACCUCUUCGAGCACAACCGCAAAAAGGGCCAUGGCUCCGUCUACCUGACGCAAAAGCGCAUGGCAUUCGACACCGAAGGCUACCCACCGUCGCCCACCAAAGUCGCGGACGACCCACUGUGGGACACACACCCUGAGAACCCUUUACCGAUCAUAAUCCGCGCUUCGAACAACAAGUCCGACAAGCGGCCGGGAACAGACCGGAAGGAUAUUGACAAGAUCAAGCUAUCUACGAUUGUGCAGCCGGACCAGCUGGAUGCAUUCUACGUACGAUACGCUGAGGCGUGUCGGGCGGGGAUGAGCGGUCUAAAGAAGAGGGAUAAGAAGAAGGGAAAGAAGGACAAAAAGAAGAAGAAAAGGGGCACAGCGGUGGAGACGAAGGGAUGAGAUGAUUGAGAGGGUAACCUAUCAUGUCCUCUAUAGAGGAAGGUAACAUCACAUCUAUACGCCCAUCUGCCUGCGGCUCAAAGGACAGCAAGAGCAUGGGGGCUGGAGUUGAUAUCUCGCCGCAUGUCUGGCAACGUGAGAAGGCGCCAUUAUUAAGCAGAGCCAUGAAAUUGGCUAGAAAUCGCAUCGCAUCAGACAUGAAGAGGCGGAUGAGCUUCCCAGAAAGGUGCCAAUUCGGGCACUUGGCUCGACUCUAUGCACCAAAUCAAGCCCAGUUCAACUGCUACCUCGUCUUCAUUGUUUCUCUUUCGUCAAUUUCACAUAUCUCACCAUCUCAUUGUCCUGCUGCUUUCCUCUUUUUAAACAACUUUAAGUUUAGUGGUAGUGGCCCUCCCAUCCAAGUAGCCCUCUGCGUGUGGUCUCGCUCUUCGUCAUCUGUGUUUGGAUGUAUCAAAGCCGACAGAGGACCCCGAUUU